AUGAUUUAUGAUACAAUUGGACCUGAAAUCAUGGAUACAGUAGUGCAACAUGGUUUGAAGAGAAAAUCUUCUUGCACUAAUGAUCUUGAGAUUGAAAUUGGGGAAAAUAAUGCUUCACAGUUUGGGUCUAGUGAGCAAGCUUCUAAAUUUUUUAAAUUAUUAGAAGAUGCUAAACAAAAACUUUAUCCUGGUUGUGAUAAGUUUUCAAAGUUAUCAUUGAUAGUGAAACUAUUCCAAAUAAAGUGUCUUUAUGGAUUGAGUGAUAAAGCUGUUAAUAGUAUCAUGCAAUUGUUUAAGGAAGUGCUACCAGAUGGUGAGACCUUGCCUAAAACUUUUUAUGAAGCUAGAAAAAUCAUAUGUGAUCUAGGUCUUCAUUAUGAAAAGAUACAUGCAUGUGUAAAUGAUUGUAUGUUGUUUUGGAAAGAGCAUGUUAAGGCUGAAAGUUGCUUAGUUUGUGGCGAGUCUAGGUGGAAAACAACAGAGAACGAUUCAUCUAAGAUGAGUAUGAAUAAAAAAACUAGUAAAAAAGUACCAAGAAAAGUUCUUCGUUACUUUCCAUUAAAACCUAGACUACAAAGGUUAUUUAUGUCAUCAGACAUAGUUGCAGACAUGACAUGGCAUCAUGAUCAACGUACUAAAGAUGGGAUUUUAAGGCAUCCUGCUGAUUCUGAUGCUUGGAAAUCUUUUGAUGAGUUGAAUCCAGGUUUUGCUAAAGACCCUCGUAAUGUCAGAUUAGGUUUAGCAACAGAUGGAGUCAAUCCUUUUGGAAACUUAAGUGUUUCUCACAGCACUUGGCCAGUGAUUGCUAUAGUUUAUAAUCUACCUCAUUGGUUAUGCAUGAAACAACCAUAUUGUAUGCUUUCUUUAUUAAUACCUGGUCCUAAAGCUCCUGGAAAUGACAUUGAUGUAUACUUACAACCUUUAGUAGAGGAGUUACAGGAGUUAUGGUAUUACAGAGUUGAUACUUAUGAUGCUGCUCGAAAGGAAAAUUUUUGCUUACGUGCUGCCAUUUUAUGGACCAUAAAUGAUUUUUCAGCAUAUGCUAAUUUGUCAGGUUGGAGUACAAAGGGAGGUUUAGCUUUCCCUACAUGCAACAAAGAGACUCCUUCUACUCAUUUAAAAUAUGGUCGUAAGUUUUCUUAUAUGAGUUCCCAUCGUUUUCUCCCAAUGAAUUAUAAAUGGCGUUUAAAUAAACGUUCUUUUGAUGGAACCAUUGAGAAAAGAUCAGCUCCAAAAAAAUUAUCUGGGAAUGAUGUGUUACUACAAUUGAGGCUUCUUAAGAAAGUAAAAUUUGGAAAAACAAAGGAUGGAUUGAACGCUCGUCGUGAUUUGAAAGAGAUGGGUAUAAGAAAAGAAUUGCAUCCAAUUAUGAAAGAUGAUGGUUAUUCAUCUAAUAUAGCCCAAUGUGUAAAUUUGAAAGAUGGUAAAGUUUUUGGAUUUAAAAGUCAUGACUGUCAUAUUUUAUUAGAGCAACUUCUUCCUUUGGCGAUUCGUGGAAUUGUUCCUAGUAAUGUCUAUGAUGCUAUUACAGAGUUUAGCAUAUUCUUUAGAGAGUAUAAGCUAAGUUAG